AUGUCGCUAACAGAGGCAUAUCCAGAAUUUUACGAUAGGAUAGGAGAUAUGAUGGCAAUAAAGUUCAUAUCUAAAUCCAAUAGUAAAAAUUUCAUGAUAUUUUCAGAUUCAUUAUCAACAGUUACGGCGCUUAAACAAUAUAGACCUCAACACAACCUUAUAAUUCAAACGCAAAACAGGAUACAUGAUAACUUAAAUGAUAACAAUGGUAAGAAAAUAACUCUGAUAUGGAUACCCAGUCACAUAGGAAUUCAGGGUAAUGAGGAAGUCGAUCAACUGGCAUCACAAGCUCACAAUAUUCCAAUAUCAAAUCUUCCCAUCCUACACAAUGAUUUAAGAUUUUGGACAAAAAAGGUUUCAAUGGAGAAAUGGCAACUUGAAUGGAACCAAACAUCAAACUUUCUUAAAUUAUCAACACCAUUUCUCAGCCAAAAAAAUGAAUUUAAAGGUUUAAAACGUAAACCUCAGACAAUUAUCAACAGAUUAAAAAUAGGCCAUUCAAGUUUGACUCAUUCCUAG